UAUCGCGGCAAUUAAAUUACAUGUUGGGAUCAUAUGGCCAAGCCAUUAAGCGUGAUUUCUUGUUCAAAUAAAUCUGGCUAAAACUAAUAUACUUUAUUUGACAAUUAAUGUGAGUAUACGCGUAUUUCAACACGGAUUUUUAUAGACAUAGCAUCGAUUUUGUGAGAGAAAAAAUAGUGAUUUGGAUUGAUUGGCAUCGAUUCUUUUGGGAUAAUCUUGUCUUCGAUCAAUCGAAUCGGAGAAAAUGUUUGAAGAUAACGGGAAAGAUGGUCGUAUGCUGCUAAUAACAAAGUACAGAUGGGUAGCAUGCGGCCAAUUCAUUGUCGGAUUUCUCCUAUUGUUCUUUGCGAUAUACUGUGCUAAUUUUCACGUUGACGGCUAUGCUGACGGAACGGCACCGUACUUCAUCGGGGGCAUCAUCGGUGGCGUUACGAUGCUGGAACUGUCGUUUUUCGCCGGUGCGGUGUAUUACCAGGCCAUGAAUUCGGGACAGAAAGUACAGAGGCUGGUGAUACAAAUAGUGAAACCAAUGAUCAAGAUACAUAUGGUGUCUUCAAUUCUCGUCUUACCCAUUAGCGCCGUGGGUAUGAUAUUCACAAUUAUGUGGGGACUGUGCUCAAAAUCUUGCUCAUACGUCGGCAAUAACGACAUGAACUACGGCAUGGCGGCGUUCCUGCUGACGUUAGAAGCCGUCGGCGUCGUGUUGACGUUAUGUUCGCUAGUGCUAUGUUUGUGUUCAUGUAAGCAGUUCGGAAUAGAGUUACCAGAAAUUUCUAUUCCGCGGACUUCACCCUCAAUUGAGGAUAAUUGUUCAGAGAUCGAUUUAAGUAAUGAGACCUGUGCGCCGCCGACCGCCGGAGGAAAAGGUCAACCGUCAGAAACAAAAGAUAGAAAUCACGCAAUUGGGAAUGGAGAUAUUCCGUCGUCAACGAAAUGCUGAGGGGUGAUUUCUGCAUUUAUCCAUGUGUGAAUUUAUUUAUGACUUUGUCUGCCAAAGAUUUUAAUCAUUAAAGUUCAGUACUUGAGGUGAAUUCUUCGAGAAAUGUCACUUAAAGCUGCACUCUCACAGAUGACCGUUUUGACAACUUUUCAAUGUUUUGAACACCUCGGCCAUUUUCUAUCGAAAACAACGUGAAAUAGAAAAUGGCCGAGUAGCUCAGAAUGUGUUAUUUUCGAUAGAAAUUGGCUGAGGAUUUUGAAUGCUGUUUUUGAUGGAAAUGGCCGAGGAGUUCCGAAUGUUGUUUUCGCUGGAAAAUGUCCGAGGAAUUCCGAAUGUUGUUUUCGCUGGAAAAUGUCCGAGGAUUUCGAAUGUUUUCGAUGGAAAUGGCCGAGGAGUUCCAAAUGUUGUUUUUGAUGGAAAAUGGCCGAGGAAUUCCGAAUGUUGUUUUUGCUGGAAAAUGUCCGAGGAUUUCGAAUGUUGUUUUCGAUGGAAAAUGACCGAUAAAUUCCGAAUGCUGUUGCACAUUACCUGUCAUGAAAUCUGGAGCAUGUGUUUCUUUAAUAGACGAAUUUGAUUUACUUAUAACUUAACUCCAGUGCAUUUAAACUGCGUGGACGAAUUUGAAGGAUUGAAACCUCAAUCUUAUUUACAUGUAAAGUCAGCAGUGCUGCCUAUUUAUUUAUUUGUAUUUUUGAGUAUAUUAUGAUAUGUAUCAAUCUUAUGCAUUGCGAUAAGUCCUGUCUGUGGAAGAUAGAAUGAAGAUUCCUAAUGCAUAAUGGCGACCCUAAAUUAAUUGCUAGAUUUUCAUCCCUUCGCUCCCCCUCUUUUUUCUGCCGUCCAUUAAAUUGUGUAGACUCAAAUACAAAUGUUGAACUAGGGUCUUAUAUGACAUUCACAUGUAAAAAUGGAGAAUUAUUUCGAUCAGGUUCGUCUAGAAACACAAUUAUAGAUGGUCCCUUAUGCAAUCAAGAAAACCAUGACCACAUAGUCAAUGGUGGAACAGUCGUCUGGGAAAAAUAAAUAAAAAAUGUAAUCCCGCGCCAAUUUAAAAAAGGACGAAAAUCUAGCAAAUAAUUUUUAUUGGCCUAAACUCCGACUUUUAUGCGAGACGGUUUAAUGUUUAUACGGAUUUCUCAUUUGCUACCAAGAUUACCAGAUACAUUCUGCUACAGAAUAACAUAGAAGCACAGUCGGGGAUCGAAACACAUUUCCAAUUUAAGUGGACACAGAAAUGACUAUGCAAAUAUUAUGUUACACCAAAAUAAACAGAAACCGACUAUUGAAUAUUUCAAUAUAAUAUUCCGGUGACCUCAGUAAGUUUACUGCCGAAGUUUGAAUGAGAAAAUGGCAUUCUUUUAUAUACCAAAUGUUUACCUUGCAUUGGUAAGGACAAAACCAAACGGAAUUAGCAUUCAUAAAGUUCUUCAAUGAACUCAAGUGCAAAUAAAGGAACAUUGACUGUAAAAUAAAACUGCAAUGCCCUAUUCAGUUACGGCAGUCGAUCGUUUAAAAAGUCUGAUUGAGAAUUGAUAUUGAAAAAUACAUACAUAAAACAUGUUAUUACCGACAUGCUUAGUUUACAGAGAGCAAUAUUGUGUUUUUGUUAAUGUAUUGCCAAAAUAAAAAUGAAUUACUAAACUGGC